UGAAUACUGUCGGCAGUUUAAUCGAGUCUGUUUCGUAAGAAUAAUGCAGUUUCGUAACAGAAUAUUGACUUACAUACUCGGAUUUGUUCUCGUAACAAUAACUGAUUCGUAUGACAACGCCAUAGGAUAUCAUUCGCUUCUGGAAAGAAAAUUGACGUUAAAAUUGAAAAUAGCAGAGCGGUUAAAGCACAAUUUCGGGAAGAUCCUGCAUGAGUUGCCGAUACUGAAUUACGAGUUUUACUACUCUAUAAAGACCAUUGAAGAUUAUCUUAAAAAUGGAGGUUCAUUGAUUGAAUGUCUUGAAAUUUUACCUUCUUUGGUAUAUGCAUCCAUGAAGGAGCAAAUAAGUAAUAUUCUAGAAUUCAUGGAGAAUCGUUUACCCAAGUACCUUAUACCAACGAUUUCUCUACUUAAACGAUCUUUUUCUGAAGAUGUUUUGGACGGUGAUGAGAUCUAUAGACCUAACUGGGGAUCUCUAAAGAGUGAUUUAUUGGAGAAAAUCUCUCUGAAGGAACUGCAUGAGGCAACUAUAUCUUUGAGCUAUCGCGAGCCAGUCAAAGAUUUUAAAGGACCUUGGCCAAAAAUAAUUGGCGAAACAGUAUAUUUGAUAAAUAAUAAGGUCAUCCCUUUUCGUCGAGAAUUAAUUGCAUAUAUACUGACGAACUUGAGAAUACCUGACGCAACGGCAGAAGUUAGGAAAUCAGUCACGCAUCUUGUCGACUAUUUCCAGCAAGAUGGCGAACGCAAACUUUCUGACUUCAAAACGUCCUCCGAUCCAUACAUAUUAGUAGCUAAUGUCAUUUCAAGUCUAUCUUUGCGGAACGAGACUCUAAUAGCCGUUAACUUACUUCUGCCAUUUUUAAAGAAGUCGUUAGAAUGUCGACAUGUUUCCGAGUUGGGUAAUUUUUUCUACAACAACGUUUUUAACUAUACUGUCCUGAUAUCUCGAAACAGAAUAAUUUCUAAGACGAAAGCUGGUAUAGUGCUUAUGUCCAUGAUCGAACAAAACAACGUAGAAGUACAGAAUAUGGUAAGGCAGUUCUCUCUAUUUGAAUAUAUAAGCUGGAAAGAUCUUCUGCUGGCUUUUGUCAGUCAACUUAGACGUCAUCGAGUCGAGGUGUCAGAUAUUGUGGAUAAUGUUUAUGGUGAUCUCGUACUAAAAAAUGUUCGGAAGCGUUGGCAACUUAUGAGCAACCAGAUGAUCACGAAGAUUGUUUCUUUCGCCAUAGGAAGAAAAGAAAGCUCUGCCAGGAUCCAAAGACUUCUUACGGAUAUGGGUUUGGACAGAAGCAUCCAGCCGAAAGACUGGCGGAAAGCUCUUGUUUUUGCCUUGGAUGAUGAAAUCAAUGGACCGAUGGACGCUGCACUAAAGACACUGAAAGCUUUGUUAGCUUCCGAAAUUCUUCAAUCUGAUAUACUAAAAGCAAAUAUUGCUGAGUUGGUGGAUACAUACGAUAAUAAAUUCGAUAAAGAACGGUUUGAGUGUGGCAGUCUUUUGGAAAGUUAUCUGAUCAAUUUUACUCGCGCAAAAAUAAGUAUUGAUAAGAAAAUAAAAAUUGCGGACGUAGAUAUCGAAGAUCUCCUCCAAGCUUUGUGUAACUUGGAUGUCUAUACGGAUGAAUACAGAAGAUUGCAAAAUUUCUUGUCACGGGAUGAUCUAGAGAUUAAGAUAGGGAAGGUGGAUGUAAGUGCACAUCUUUCCAGAGGUAGAUUGCUGUCUCAAUUGCUGCAGAUGUUGGAACACGCCAGUAAUGUAGAUAAUGAUUUACGUAAUUUGGCUGGACAAUUUGUCGAUAAUGUGGCUUACGAAGGAUACGGUGCCGGUAUUCCAUCACUGCGUUAUAAUUAGUUUGAGAGUGUACAAGUUUUAUAUUACGAUAGCAGAGUAUUGUUUUACCCCAUAUACAUACGAUACAGAAUUUUCUCUAAUUAUUUCACACAUUCAAACAAUUAGGUUUCGGUAUUAAACUUUAGAAAUUAUUCCUUAGAGAUAGUCAAUUCCUAUAUCGUGAAUAUUUAUCGCAUAAUACUUUAUGAUUUGUCUCAUCUUUUAAAUAACAAUCUUUCAUCUGUCGUUCACUAAUAAAAUAUAAUUCCAUUAAAUUUUCUUUUGCAAAAUAUUAUUACAAAAGUUCAUACCCCUUAUAGAAAUAUCAUACUAAGAAUCAUUGAUAAUUACUUAUUUUCAGUAUUAAAAAUACUGGAUAAUAAGUAAUUAUCAAUGAUUCUUAGUAUGAUAUUUCUAUAAGGGACUAUGACGAAAUACUUCAUUAAUUUUGAUAAACUUAAUAGAAUAAAAAGUGUUCAGUCAAAACAAAAUUUUCUAUUCGUAAGCGGGGAAUUCCUCUAAGCGUCUUCUUUAAGUAAAAAAUUUUAUAUGAAGUGUACUCCUCUUGAACAUGUCAUUAUUCUUCUAUAAAAGAAUAGACGCGUAAACUAUAAUCAAGAUUAAAUUCCUCGAUAAAGAAGUUAUGCAAUAAGAAUCCGAAUAUCCUCUUAAAAAAAGAGAAUAUACAAAAUAUUAGCGGCAUACGCGCUUAUUGAAAGGAGAUACGAUGCUGUUUGGAGAUGUAUUUGUUUGCUCGUUUGCUGUUUCCUGUAAUUUUGCCUUAACAUUUCAACGUCUUAUUUAUUCUUAUUGUUUCAUAAUAAAAAAUUAAUACCUAAUUUUCUCAUAUCUUAUAACUGCUAGAAACCAAAGAUUGUCAAACACACUCUAAAACUUCGAAUCCUUCCGCGAUAAUUUCGAAUCCGAAGCGUUAUGCUGGUCACCCAUCUAUUCUGACUGCGUUGCUUAACCUAACGAUCGAGCGGCACGCCGUGAUUCCAAUGACUCCAACGAUGUACUUACAAUUUAUGCUUAUAAAAUGUAUAUUUACAGUUCACAGUAUAUUAUAACGUAUCUAGUAAAUACACACGUUGAUUCGCCUAUCUAUUUUAUUUAAUAUCUUUAAAGUUGAUGUAGUUAUCUACAAAAUGACUUCGAUCAUUUUUUCCAGUUUAAUGUUUUUUAUGCAUUUUUUAUUAUCGAUAUGGCUUGCGUCAGACUCAAUAUAAUAGAGAAUAUUAUGAAAUAAAAGAAUAUUCAGGGUUUGCGCAAAAUUGCUUAAACACAUUUCAAUUUUACACAUAAAUAAUAAGAAAAAUAUAUAUGAUUAU